GCGAUCCCGUCAUUCAGGUAGUGGAGUAGUAAGCUAUGGCGUCCGGAGCUGAAGAGUCGCAGGGCGGCCACGACGCUGAACUGGACGAAUUACUGGACAGUGCACUGGAUGACUUUGAAAAGCAGUCUGCGCCACCUGAACCUAAAGCUCCUUCCUCCUCAUCCAGUCAUGAAGCAGAGAAGGUUGAUGCUCUGCCGCCACUGCUCGAGGACAGCAAGCUUUUCGAGAAGCUCUUCGAGGGCGACAUGGCGGCCCAGGCCCAGCAGGAGUGGGAGAAAGCCAUGACGGAGCUGGCCCAGGAUGAACCCGACCUGCUCCAACACUUUCAUAAACUCUCCGAGGCCGCCGGCAAAGUUGGCACUGACACAGCCUCUCAGCAAGAGUUCACCUCCUGCCUCAAAGAUACUCUCCGUGGCCUCGCCAAGAAUGCCGACAACCUGCAGUCUUCUGGCCUGGCCGGAGAUGAUCUAGUCAAGGCCCUGGAAGGCUUGGGUUUGGAUGAGGGUGGCGAAGGUGGCGAAGGCAAGGACGCCAACAUCCUUCCCAUCAUGCAAUCCAUCAUGCAGAAUCUCCUCUCCAAAGAGGUGCUCUACCCGUCCCUCAAGGAGAUCACCACUAAGUAUCCAGAGUGGUUGGAGGCCAACAGGUCUAGCCUGAGCCCAGAAGACGUGCAGCGCUACGAGCAGCAGGCCAAGGUCAUGGGAGAAAUCUGCCAGCGCUUUGAGAAGGAGGAAGACGGUGACAAGGUCUUUGAAAGCAUCAUGGACCUCAUGCAGAAGCUGCAGGACCUUGGACAACCACCGAAAGAGCUCGCAGGCGAUGCCCCUCCUGGCUUCAACUUCGAUAUGGACUCCCUCAACCUCCCUGGGGGCCUCGGGGGGGCCGGGGCGGCCGAGCAGUGCUCCAUAAUGUGAGGAGGCGGCGGCUCGACCCCGGCCGCAGAGACGGCCUCACCCACUGAGAGUGGGUGGCGGCAGUGUGGCGCUCAAGUCGUCCACGCUCGCCCUCGCGUCCCAAACACGCAGACAGAUGUGGACGACGAGGUUGCGAAAUUCCAGCAAACACUCGAGAUUUGAACAUCUCGGCGUUCCUUUUUUCAUCCAGCUCUUUAAUUUUAACUGCAUUCCCACCUCCAUAAUGUUGGUACUGCACCCUCUCUGUCGGAUAGAUAAACCUCCUGCUACCUGUAAACCUCUAUAACCCACCACCCCGGGUCAAUUUGACAGAAAUUAUACGAUUGUGUCAAAAACAAAACAAAAAAAUAUCCCAUUAUACAUUGUUUAGAUAUCACGAUGAACUCCAUUACUAACCAUUUCAGUGAAUAUUUAGUGCAUUACCUCUCACAGAUCCCAGUAAUGCUUAGAUGAGGCUCAUACACUCAUUUUUCAGGUUAAAGCUUUUUAAUUAGGUACAAACGUAUUUGUAAUAUGUGGUGAUUACACUUAUUAAGCCAGCGUUUCAUACUGAAAGACUAUUUUUAUGAACUUGUAUUUGUGUAUGUUUAAGCCGCCUGCUAAUUAAAAGAAGAAAA